CACUCCACACACCCAAACAGCCCCGCCUGUUUCUUUUCUGUUUUGUCUUUCUUUUCUUUUUCAAACCCAACUAACUUCAACAUUUAACAUAACUCCUCUCUCUCUUACACCUUUCUCUCUCUCUCUCUACAACUCAGCGAGUUCCCGGCGAGAGUGAGAGAGACCUCAGUCUUGCCGGAAAUCUGCACCGGAUUCUUUCAUUGCUGGCUGCCGCUCUGAUGAAUCGCCGGCUGCGUUUCUUGCCCGCUGAAUUUGGAGAAUCUAAAGUGAAUUUUAAUAAUUGUGAUGCUUAGAUAGAAGAAAACAAAAAGGCAAAGAAAGAAAAAAAAAAAAGAAAGAAAAUAUUCUCUUAUUUCGUGUGGUGAGCAAUAUAGCUUGCAAUGCAGAAGAAGCAAAAGGUGUUUUGUUAGGGUAUUAUAUGCAAAGAUCCUUUCUUUUAUCUCCUCCUCCUCCUUCUCUCUUUAUGAUUUCUUAAAAUAAUUCAUUUCUCUUAAUCGUUCCUUCUGCUCGAUCGCUCUACAUCAUUUCGAAAUUUUGCUCAACUCUGGAGAGAUACAGCGAACUUCGGUGAUAUUUAAUUUUUGUUGAGAGAAAAGGGGCAAUGAACACUGUGCGGUGCCAGCAAGUUUGAUAAUAACGAACGUUCUGUUAGAGUUUUGAGAUUUUUGGGUGUCUAAAGCCACGCCAUGCCUUUUGAAGUUAUGGAUCAAAGGGGUGGAACUGCUUCGUCCCACUAUUUUGAGGACAUGCUGUUACCUGCUGAGAGGCAAAUUGGGUUUUGGAAGCCGCAUUCAAUGCCCGAUCACCAAAUAGGAACAGGUGGAAUGGUGCCAUUUCCUAGCAGCAAAUUGGUUGCUCCAUCACCUUUGGAGAAAUUUUCACCAGGUGGUGCAUUGUCAGUGGAUUACAUGCAACUGCCUGACUCAGUUUUAGCAAUGGAUCAAAAGGAAAAGCUAUCCAUUGGUGAAGGAAGUACCAACAUGUUAAAGAAUUCAUGGAAUUCUGUGGAUCAGAAUGCAAAAUCAUGGUCAAGUUUAUCUAUGCAGCCUACAUCUUAUAGUUUGGGUGGAAAUAGAGCUGGUAUUGGUGCCACUCAGUGGGAAAGCAGCCUAUUCUCAAGCUCAUUGUCUGAAGUAUUUAAUGGAAAGUUGAGAUUAUUGGAAAACGAUAUUCAAUCACGUCAACCUGCUAAACCUAUUGCUUUACCAAACGAGGAGGAUGAGCCUUUUGAAUCACUUGAAGAACUUGAGGCUCAGACUAUCGGGAAUCUUCUUCCUGCUGAAGAUGAUCUGUUUUCUGGAGUGACUGAUGAGCUGGGACAUAAUGCUCAUACCAAUGGCGGUGAUGACUUGGAAGACUUUGAUCUGUUUAUCACUGGUGGAGGCAUGGAACUGGAAGGGGAUGAUCGUCUGUGUGUGGGGCAAAGGAAUUCUGAUUUUGUUGGGGCACUUAGCAAUCUCCAAGGGGGUUCUAAUGGUUCAGUUGUGGGUGAACAUCCGUAUGGUGAACACCCUUCUAGAACACUUUUUGUCAGAAACAUCAAUAGCAAUGUUGAAGAUUCUGAGCUAAAGGCUCUUUUUGAGCAAUAUGGAGAUAUCCGAACUCUUUAUACAGCCUGCAAACAUCGUGGCUUUGUUAUGAUCUCUUAUUAUGACAUAAGAGCAGCCCGAAAUGCAAUGAGAUCCCUUCAGAAUAAGCCUCUGAGGCGUAGGAAACUUGACAUACAUUACUCAAUUCCAAAGGAUAAUCCAUCUGAGAAAGACAUUAACCAGGGCACUCUGGUGAUCUUCAACCUUGAUUCUUCUGUUUCAACUGAGGAGCUUCACAAAAUAUUUGGAGUUUAUGGUGAAAUUAAAGAAAUCCGUGAAACUCCACACAAGCGACACCAUAAAUUCAUAGAGUAUUAUGAUAUUAGAUCUGCAGAAGCAGCCCUUUCUGCAUUAAACAGGAGCGACAUUGCAGGGAAGCAGAUCAAGCUUGAACCAAGCCGUCCUGGGGGCACAAGACGUUUGAUGACAAAGCCUGAGCAGGAGCAAGAUGAAUCCGGUCUUUGUCAAAGCCCAUUUGAGGACUUAUCAUCUGGUCGAUUAGCAACAUUUUCUCCUGGAGUUAUUGCAUCUAGCUGCAUGGAAAAUGGAUCGACCCAAGUUAUACAUUCUGCUAUCCAGUCGCCUGUGGGUUCAUUUAUUGAAUCUCAUCGGAGUUCUAGUGUUCCAAAUAACUUGCCCUCCCCAGUGUCGGUGACAUCUAUUAGCAAACAGUUUGGUCUUCAUGAACCUAACCGUUCCAUGGAUGAAAUGAUGUUUGGUAACCAACGUAUUCCGAGUUUCCACCCUCAUUCUUUGCCGGAGUAUCCUGAUGGUUUAGCCAAUGGUGUUCCGUUUAAUUCCUCAAGCUCUAUUGGAGGCAUGGCUCAUAGUGUUGGUUCCAAAGUGACAGAAGGAAUUAGCAGCAGGCAUAUUCAAGCAGUAAGCUCGAAUGGGCACCUGAUGGAACUAAAUGGAGGCGUUUUUGGAUCCUCUGGAAAUGGAAGUCUUCCUGGACAUCAUUACAUGUGGAACAAUUCCAAUACAAAUCAGCAACAUCAUUCAAGUCGUAUGAUUUGGCCAAAUUCAUCAUCAUUUACCAAUGGUGUUCAUGCUCAUCACCUUCCGCAUAUGCCUGGUUUUCCUAGAGCACCUCCAGUUAUGCUCAACACAGUACCUGCACACCAUCAUGUUGGAUCUGCACCAUCUGUAAAUCCCUCCGUGUGGGAAAGACGACAUGCCUAUGCGGGGGAAUCUCCAGAAGCUUCUAGUUUCCAUUUGGGUUCUCUUGGGAGUGUGGGCUCACCACAUCCUAUGGAAAUUGCUUCCCACAACAUUUUCUCUCAUGUUGGUGGAAAUUGUAUGGACAUGACCAAAAAUGCUGGACUACGCACUGCUCAGCCAAUGUGCCACAUUUUCCCUGGGAGGAACCCAAUGAUCUCAAUGCCAGCCUCUUUUGAUUCUCCUAAUGAACGUGUGAGAAAUCUCUCACACCGUAGAAUUGACUCGAAUCCGAAUCAUUCAGACAAAAAACAGUAUGAACUUGAUCUUGACCGCAUAAUGCGUGGUGAAGACAGUCGAACCACAUUGAUGAUAAAGAACAUACCAAACAAGUAUACUUCUAAGAUGUUGCUGGCCGCAAUUGAUGAGUACUGUCGAGGAACUUACGACUUUAUAUACUUGCCAAUUGAUUUCAAGAACAAAUGCAAUGUGGGCUAUGCAUUCAUCAACAUGAUUGAUCCUCAGCAGAUUAUUCCAUUCCACAAGGCAUUCAAUGGAAAAAAAUGGGAGAAGUUCAACAGUGAAAAAGUCGCAUCUCUUGCAUAUGCUCGGAUUCAGGGAAAAUCUGCUCUUAUUGCCCAUUUCCAGAACUCAAGUUUGAUGAAUGAGGAUAAGCGCUGUCGGCCCAUACUCUUCCAUACUGAUGGUCCAAAUGCUGGUGAUCCGGAGCCCUUCCCCAUGGGAACCAAUGUUCGGUCAAGAUUGGGCAAACUGCGGACUAGUGGUAGUGAGGAAAAUCACCAUGGGAAUCCUUCAACUUCAGCAAAUGGAGAGGAUUCUUCUGUUGGAACGGACUCAUCGGGUUCUGAUUGAGCAUUAUGCUUACUCCAAGGCACUAACUCUAAAAUCCUGUAUAAGAGUACAGAAAACCAUAUCUGCCCCAGUUCUGUACAUUAGGGGUGGCCUGACAAGACAAGUCUCUUUUUGGCUAUAGAGAAACUCGUUUACAAAGUUCUGGAUGCGGAAGUGCACAUUCAGAGCCAAGUGGGCUACAGCAAAAUUUUCUUAUCUAGGCCAAAUAUGAGUAUAGAGAAUGGCCUAACAAAGGCUCAAAAUUUUGGGUAGUCGUGACUAAAACAAUAUUAGGAUACUCGCGGAAGUCGCCCACUUGUGCACAGGUUUAAGAGGGAUCUUCUGUGUUAUCGUUUUCAGUUUUGUAUUAUCUCUGAAAUUUUCAAUUUUCCCUGAGGUGUUCGGAGUCAUUGAUGGUUCAGUUUUUGUUUAAGGGCCGGGGCGACUGCUCAAGGGCAGUUGCAACGCAUUAAACGUAUCCUGGUUGUAGAAAUUUUUGAAGUUCUUAUUGUCUACUAUAACCAAUAUACUAUUUAAUGUUUUAUUCGGUCAUGGCAUGUUCUGUUCUGUCCUGUCCUGCUUUGUAACAGAAUUAGCUAACUAGUUUUCUUGAGGUAGUGUUUGUGCUUACUUAUAUUUCCCUUUUAA